CAGAUGGAUCCUGUGGCCAGCAGCUGUAUGCGGAACCCCCACCCCCCGGCCCCUGUCUGGGGCUGCCUUCGAAACCCUCACUCAGAAGGCAAUGGAACAUUGGGGCUCCCCCACUACCCGCCAACCCCGUUCUCCUUCCACCAGAAACCAGACUUCCCGGCUACAGCAACAGCAGCGUACCCCGACUUUUCAGCCUCCUGUCUGGCGGCCACCCCACACAGCCUGCCCCGGGAGGAGCGCAUCUUCACCGAGCAGCACCCUGCCUUCCCACAGCCCCCCGACUGGCACUUCCCUGUUUCAGAGACCCGGCGCAGGCUUAACCAGGGCCCAGCUGGAGGGUCCCGGGAUAUAGGGGCCAGCAGCCCAGAUCUGAUGGACAACGUGGGAGGUCCAUGCGAGGACUUCGGGGUUCUUGGGAGCACGGCCAAUGAGACGGAGAAGAAGUCCACCAGACGGAGAAAGGAGACUUCAGAUAACCAGGAGAAUCGAGGAAAACCUGAAGGUAGCAGCAAGGCCCGCAAGGAGAGGACAGCCUUCACCAAGGAACAGCUACGAGAGCUGGAGGCUGAGUUUGCGCACCACAACUACCUGACUCGGCUCCGGAGAUACGAGAUCGCAGUGAACCUGGACCUCUCUGAGCGGCAGGUCAAAGUGUGGUUCCAGAACCGGAGGAUGAAGUGGAAACGUGUGAAGGGAGGUCAGCCCAUCUCCCCACAAGGGCAGGACCCUGAGGAUGGAGACUCUGCAGCUUCUCCCAGUUCAGAGUGAGAU